AUGCGACAGGGUAAAAACAAGCGGUCAAGGGGCAGCAAAGACGCUGAUGUUGAUAUUUACAUGAGAGUGGGAGACGACAUUUCUCCCGAAACCUAUUCCCGGCCCCAUAAUUCUUUUCAUCACCCCGAAAGUUAUCGCGCAUCAAACGCAGGUAGAGGAACGUAUUCUAGCGGGCGCGAUAUGUCUUCUGGAUCUCGCAGGGGCGGAGAUUGGCGACACGCAGAACUCGAUCAUGAAAGAUAUUCGUUUACCGACCCUUUUGCACGAGGAGAGAGAGCACAAUAUGACGACAGUGGUCCCAGAAGUUCAGGGGGGUGGGGACCUGUCAACGAUUCUUAUGUUCAAUCUCGAAACAGUUGGCCUCCGCGCUAUGACAACGGCGCCUCUUCAUCAUCUUAUGCAGAGCCCUCCACGUGGACUGUUCCAGAUCAUCCUUCCUACGACAGCUCUCGUAUUCCUUAUCAUGACCGUUGGGAAACCAAUGAGCCGAGAGAAAGUAUCGACGAUUGGAAUCCCGAACCAAUGCGAAACGACCAUCGGACGGAUCGACGACAUCACGACUGGCGUCCAGAUAGUCAAAGGGAUAAAAAUUCAGGGCAUAGGUUUCGGAGCGACUCUGGAUGGGACUCCAGACGUCGUGACAGAAAUUGGACAAAUGAACCCAUAGGACGGCAUAACGACCUUCCUCCAGAUAAAAGACAGGCUGGCACGGAGGAUCGGUCCUGGGAACCAGCCGCAUCUUGGGUAUCCUCGACGACUAAUGAUUAUUCACAGCAACGAGGGCAAAAUGGCCAGCGAAGUUAUCAUCAUCAAAGACCAAAACGAGUGCAGAAUUACAAUAAACAUCGAAGAGAAUGGCGUGCUGACGACGGAGAACUGAAUAAUUGGACAAGGCGAGAUACUAGUCGUGGCGGCGUAAAUAAAACUUUUCCAAACCAAAAUUUUGCGAAACGAAAACAUCUACGAUCUCCGUCCCGGUCGCGGUCUCGUAGCAGGUCACCAACCGAAUCCUAUAUCUCUCAUCGCUCCUCAAGAGGUCGAUCACAUUCUCGGUCUGUUUCUCCUGCUAAUAAACGUCGCCGGAGAGAUUCCAGUCCUAUCACCUUACAAAGUCAGACUCCUAGUGAAAGGAGUUUGAAUCGUUCACAUUAUAAGCCAGAAAAGCAGGUUUCAAGGUCACCUAGUCCUCAACGCAUCAGUUCCCAUCGAAGCCCUCCAAACUUUACAGGACGUCGCAGAAGUCCGUCUGCAGUUUCAAGUACAGGAUCUGAUCGAAGCCGCAGCAAGAGCCCCGCCCGUUCGGUGCACCGUCUCCCUCCUAAUCAUCAUCCACCUGUAACUAUCACAAAUGUAUAUUCCAGAAACAACGGGACAACUCCACGAAAAGAAGUUGAAGACUAUAAGAAUGGGAAGUCAAGAUCUCAAAAACACCGAAAGGGCAGGGAAAGUCAAGCACAAACCGUCGAAAGGGAGUACGAGUAUUUUGGAAAUGUCGAUCAUUCUUCACAGAAUUCUGCUGCUGCUGCUCCUCCCAUCGGUAUUCAUACAGCUGCCGCUGUUUCAAUGCCUCCUCCUAUGUCUGUUCCAUUGUCCCAUCCACCACGGCCUCAGUAUACACCACAGGAAUACAAUACUUCUGGGCAAACUUGGAUUCCGGAUGCUAAGAUAGAUUUACCAGGAAAACCUAAUCGAAAUAUAAACACCCGACAUGCGGGGUUCAGACCGAUUGGGAAAGGAGAUUCGUCUUUGAAGAGGUUUUUCCCUGGCGACGACGACGAAAUGGAUCCUGCCGAUGAAGUCAAUACAUCGCCUCGUAUGUCGGAAUCUGCAAUUGAGAAACAAACCUCGAUGUCAUAUCCACAUCAAUCACAUCGCAUCUCUGACUAUCAUGAAUGGGAGUCUCCGCUUCACCCUGCAGAAUUGUGGCGGGCAGACAAUCCAUAUUCUCGUUCAACCGCUGGAUCUCGUCAAACAUCCUCCUUAGACCUCGAAUCAGCGGCUUGCUUACCAAAGCAAGGUAUCCCGCCCAUUAUCCCGCCCCCCCACGCGCAUCAUACAGAUUCAGAAAUGACGACUUCCGCCAAUAAUAUUCACCUUUUAACAUCAUCUGCCGACGACCUUGAGCGACGAAGCCCACACUUCGCUGAUUCCACGGAUCAGCCCAUAUUGACCUCUAAUGACAUGCAACUUUCAACUCCAAGCGAUAACCAUGAUGUUUCCAGCGCUGUAGGGCACUCUUUGGCUUCGAACAAAGACCUGUACAAAAUCAUCAGUCAAGUUGGUGAGGGAACAUUUGGAAAAGUUUACAAAGCACGAAACACUAUUACAGGUAACUAUGUUGCGUUGAAACGCAUUCGUAUGGAAUCCGAGAAGGAUGGCUUCCCUGUCACAGCCAUGCGAGAAAUCAAGCUUCUACAGUCUCUCAGGCAAGAGAACGUGGUUCGACUUUAUGAGAUGAUGGUCUCAAAUGGCUCUGUGUAUAUGGUCUUUGAAUAUAUGGAUCAUGAUCUCACAGGAGUUCUAUCACAAACACAGUUUGUGUUUGAACGUCAACACCUCAAAUCUUUGUGUCAUCAAAUGCUGGCGGGAUUAGCGUAUUUGCAUCGUAAAGGGGUAAUCCACCGGGAUAUUAAAGGGUCAAACAUAUUGAUUAACAAUCGGGGGGAGCUCAAAUUGGCUGAUUUUGGGCUUGCACGUUUCUACCAGAAGCGUAGGCGCGCUGAUUAUACCAACCGCGUCAUCACCCUUUGGUACAGGCCGCCGGAACUUCUUUUUGGUGCAACCAUUUAUGGACCGGAAGUUGACAUGUGGAGCGCCGGGUGCAUUAUGCUCGAAUUAUUUGUAAAGAAACCCGUUUUUCAGGGAGCGGAUGAAAUUCAUCAGCUGGAAGUCAUUUACAAACUUAUGGGGACUCCGACACCUGAGCGCUGGACUGAUGUUGUCAAUCUUCCGUGGUACGAACUCGUUAAACCCCAACAGCCCAUGGGUAGCAAAUUCCGGGAGUCAUUCCAAAAGUACAUGUCUCCUGCAGCGUUAGAUUUGGCCGAGCAACUCCUUGCAUUUGAUCCUGCCGAACGAAUAACUGCUAUGCAGGCCAUGAAUGCCCCAUAUUUCACCCAGGAAUAUCCAAGCGCUACUCCUCCUGUAGGAUUGAUAGAUAUAAAGGGGGAAUGGCACGAGCUCGAAACAAAACGAGAAAGGCAAAAAAGAAAAGAACAAAAAAAUGCGACCUGA